AGCAUGCGUCACUCAGGAUGUGUCUGUAGUCUGACCCCGCUCCUGCGCUCCUGCGCUCCUCAGAUCGUGUUUUACGAGGGCCGCUGCUUCACCGGCCGCCGGCUGGAGGUCUACGGUGACUGUGAUAACUUCCAGGACCGUGGCUUCAUGAACCGAGUGAACUCCAUCCGCGUGGAGAGCGGCGCCUGGAUCUGCUUCGAUCAUCCGGACUUCAAGGGCCAGCAGUUCAUCCUGGAGCGCGGAGAGUAUCCCGAGUUCCCGCGCUGGAACUCACACAACGAUCACAUGGGCUCCUGCAGACCAAUCAGGUGUGGUCUAAUGUUCAGGUGGGUGAUGUAUGAAGAGCCGAACUUCCGCGGCCGCAUGUACAUCGUGGAGCGAGGUAAUUACUGCAGUCAUAACGAGUGGCAGGCGCAGAACCCCAACAUCCAGUCCAUCCGGAGGAUCGUCAACUACUUCUAAACCCUCCAGCAUCCUCACCGGGACCCUGCUUCUCUCUCAGCAUGUAAAAUAAACUCUAAACCACAGUCAAGAUGGUAUUUUAUCACA